CCUUCAUGUCCCCGUCUCUUCAAAAGCAAAAACAGAAGGUGGAAAAUAACCCAAGAAAUACAUGUUUUCAGUCAAUUUGAAUCAUAGCAAUGCCUUGGUCAUGAACUUUAUAAAUUCUUUUUUUUGCAUCCUUGUAAUAUUUCCUUAUGCAUUUGUGGAGUCAUUGUAAAACUUGAAUUAUUAUUAUCGGGGUGUUUUCCAAGCACUGUGUGUGUUACACUGUUCUUCUGGUUUCAUCAGGUUUGCUGCUGUCAUUGAUGGAAAAGCUUUGUGAACACAAAUGCCAAAUUAGGGGUGGGAAAGACAAUUGUGGCCUCUAGUGGUGGGGAAAGUGGAAGUGGCACUUAGUGGGACCUGUCUGUUUCCUCCUGUGCAAGUUGACCUUGGGGGAACUCCUUCUUGAGGUAAAGGAGGUAAUUGGGAAGGCCAUGGGGCGUGCUAUAAGGCAUAAAUGAGGGAUGUCUGCUUGUCUUCUGUGUCUAUGUUUGGAAUGGGAAAUUAAAGUUACCAGGAGGCUGUAAGAAAUGCAGGCUGGAAGUCUUGAUACAAUACAUGGUGUGGAAAUGCCUGAAAUGCCUUUUGUUGUUAUGAAUUUGUCUGCUCUGUUUGUCAUGAGUCCUUCUCACUCCUCUGGGAAUUGUUGAACCUACCUCAACACUUCUGCAGUCCCUGCAAAAUGGGUGGGGGAAUGGCACUAAUGAACUACAUGGUGAUAUGGACUUUUUGCCCUUGAAUACAAAGUCAUAUUUGAGGUAGGUGAGGGUGUCGGUGGCCUCAACCUUUCAAGGUCUGAUUAUCUCCAAAGGUGGCAGUUCAACACCCUCCCUGUCCUGUUGUUCCAUAGUGUGCCAGCUGCUAUGGGGGGUUUUGGUUUUGUAUGUGUACUUGGUUUUCCUUCCGAGAAUUAUUCUGCAUUGUAGGCCUGUUUUUGAAGUGAUGUGUAAUCUGGUCUUUCACUGCUGCUUCUCUGAGCUGUUCAAGUAGAAGCUGUAGCAAAGUUUGAUCAUCCCAUUGGCCUUCUCUGAAGGUGAUACUUUUCUUCCUUCUCUUGCUGUUCUCUGCUGUCUACUAACUAUGCUGAUGUUCACCAAGUGUUUCUGCUCAGAAGCUGUGGUGUUCUUUCCAUUGAUCCUUCUCAGAAAGAGGCAUAAAAUGUGUUGACCAAUGACAUCUGGGUGGGUUUUUUUGUACAUCCUUUGAGGAAAUACAGAUUUCUUCAGUUUCUUUAGUACCUUCAAGAUGUUUCUACAGAAGACACAGCACGCAGCAUGUUAUAUUUUCCCUUUCCAUUUAUGAUAAUAAUAUGCUUUGUAAUACAGAGCUGUAGAACACUACCAUGUGGGAGAUGCAUGAAUCAGAGAAGUUUUCUGUAUUGGACAAGGCAUUGUGUUUGGAGAUGACAUCAGGGGAUCUGGCCAUGCCAGUUCCACAUAUCCUAUGGUAACUAAUCUUUCUUGUCUGCUGUGAGUGCUGAUUAAAACAGUGCUAUUUUUCUCUAUGCCUUAUGAUGAGCUUUUGGUACCAAUUGGGCUAACAGUUUCUCCCAGCAGAAGUUUUCCCUUCCCUGGUAGCCGCCUGGUGCAAGAGACGUGCUGGUAAUGGGAUAUGAGAUGCAGAGUGCUGAUUAUUUUAUGAUGAUCGUUUUUCCUCCUGUGUAUGGAAAGCUGUUGUGGGAGGGUAAUACCCCAGUUUCCCCUCUGUGUCAUGGUGGGAACGUGCAGCAGCUGCAACAGCUGUGGAUAUUUCCAUGAUGGUGCUCCUGCUCAGACAGGAUAUCUGAAGAGAUGAGGGGAGAUGGGUGUGACCUUACAUGCUCAAAGAAUAAUGUGUGCCAGCUGGGAUCAGAGCUGUGAUCAUUCUAAAGAGAGAAUACCUAAUGACUGGUAUAGAGGCUGGUAGCAUUGCCAUCUGAGAUCGUUGAGAUGGUUCAAAGAAUUUAGUGUUCCUGAGGUGGGUAAGAGCCUGGCAGGCACUGUGUAGUUCUGCUUCAGCUCAGCUAUUAUUGAUGUUCUGGAGGGAAAGUGAAGAUCUGCUCAGCCCUGGAUCACACUGAGUGUGGGACAUACAGUUGGAUUGAGUUGGUGGGGUGGAUCAAAUUUCAUGUUUGCAGUCCUGUGAGCAGCUCUGAGUUGGGCCUGGACAUUCAUUCUUGGUUUCCUCAGCAGGGAAGAGUCUUGUCUGAGGGACACAGAGGCAUUUAGAAGAUAAAUUGUGUCACUGGACAAGAGUUGGAAAAUGCUGACUGAGCUGGAGAAGGUGUUUGCAAGGCACAGGUUAGGGGCUGUCAGUAGAAACCUUUAGAGAUGGCCAAUCACACAGAGCUUCCUGGCCUGGAUCCUAUGAUAACCUCGAGAAAUUCAGCUGUAAGGUGUUACUAUGAGAAAUGAUGUCUUAUUGAUCUCUCCACAUCGAUAUGUUGUUGAUCAAGCAAGGAGUUUUUCCCAGUAUUGGUUGUUCUGGAUGACUUCAUUGAACCUCCCCAUAAUCUUCCCUCUGCUGCUGUUCUUCCCUGGCAGUGGAAGAAAUGCUGUCUGUAUUCAAGAUAUUUGCAUAUCUUGUUCUUCAGUGAUGUGCAAUGGGAACUUAUCCUUCUCUCCAGUUAUGAAAACAUCCUACUCCAUUGCUUUGGAAAUAUAUUUGUUGGAUGAAAUGUAGUGUGUUGAGUUCUGGCUGCUGUCAGAUUUCAGAUCCUUAGGCAGUUGCCCAUGAGUGUGGGGCCUGACUUUCUAUUCUAGUGAGCUCAUGUAGUCACUGAGUGAAAGUCAUUAGCUCUCAGGUCUCCCUCUUACUUCCUUACUGAUAGAUGUGUGCCAGAGAGCACUAUAUGCAGUGGUAGUCUGUUUUUUGUUCUAAACAAGCAGCUACAAAGAGUACAGGUAAGUUAUUUGUGUUAAAAGAGUACAGGAGUGAUAGAUAGCUGUUUCAGGGGGUGGAGGGUGUUUGUUUGUUUGUUUUUCUGUUCAGAUGUGGUCUCUUUAUUGAAUGGACUGAAUGUUGCCAGGAUGUUGCCUGUGGGCUUGGAGUCUUCUGGUAGUCUUGUGUAUGCUAAUGCAAAUAACAUACAAGGAUGCAGGAGGAAGAAGAGUUCAUCUUUGCAUUAUGACCUCACACCAGGUAAGCACAAAUGGCAGAAACCGAACCAGUCAAUGACUUCUUAUGAAUCUGGACUGAAGACAUCAUUGCUGUUCUCAGGAAGCCUUAUUUCCUUUAGCAGUGGAUUUCCACAUGAACCAUCAAUAUGUUAGAGCAUGAAAGCAACGAGAUCAAGAGGCCCAAGAUUGUUCAGUGCUGAAGGGUCAUGUUGUGCAUCAUAAGAUGGUUGCGAGUUGCUGGCAGAUGCCAGAGUAUGGGGCAGAUGGAGUUGAGUACAAAGGGGGUCAGACAAGAGCUGUGUAGACAUGUGGCGGGUUCUGCCCUGCAUCUUUAACCACUCAGCCAACUUUGAGUUGAGGAAGAGGAGAAGAACAAUCCCAGUAUCCAGCCCUGAUGAUGUGCAUGCAGCAGAUAUUGGUCACAGAUGGUGAACACAGAUACCCAUAGAAGAGGAAAAUCUCAGAUUUCCUUUCUCAUCUCAAAGAAGCAUCUUGCUAAUAUGAAGGCUCCAGUGCACAUCCUCCAACAGCUUCCACCCACGGGGAAGUGCAGGAUGAAUGGAAGACCAACAUGUAGCUCUCACUUUGCAAACCAGAUUCCUCUCAGCAACUUCUCUGGCUUCAAUCAUUGUUGGACUGAUGAACACAGCAACUGGAGCCUCCAUUACCUGGAUAUUGGCUGCAAGCAACAUUUAGAUUUACUUUGUGGUGAGAAAUAUACAGAAGACAGAGCAUGUUUUUGGAAACACUUGGGUUAAACCACAAGGUUUCUGACAGAGAUCACAGCAGAAACUGUCCCACUAACAAGACUAUGGGUGCAGUACAUUUCAUGGCAUCGCCAUUACAUGUGGAAGACAACAGGAAAAGAUUAAUCAGUGUUUCAUUGCAAAUGAGUAGUUUGAACUACUACUUAACGAGUACAGUGAAAAUUACUGUGAGUAAAAGCACGUAUGACUCUAUCUUAAGGAGAGCUGAAGGAAAAGAAAUGGAAAAUUGCAAAGAAGAAGCGAAUCCGGCAAGAUGUGCAGAAACAGAGGAGCAAUUCCUGUAUGGAGCCGCAUGAUGCCGCUCUGAGCUAAGGAACGGGCGAUGCGAUCGGGGAAAGGGAGGGGAAGACCUUCCGGUGGUGCUGUGAAAGGCGGCAGAGCGAGAGCGAGCGGCGGGGAGGAGGAGGAGGCGCUGAGGUGCCGUGAGGAAGGAUCGUGUCGGCGAGCUCGGUCAGAGGGAUCGGAGCGGGCAGGUGGGGAGGUGCGGGGCGUGAGAAGGAGCGGAGCGGCGGUGAGGGCGAUGGUCGGCGUGGGAGCGGCGCGUUGGAGCUGGGGGGCCUUGGUGCUGGGUGCUGCAGGCGGCCUGGGCGCUGGGCGGCGGGCAGGUGCGCUACUCGGUGCCGGAGGGAAGCCGAGGCCGGCACGGUGGGUGGGGCGGCUGUGGCAGGACCUGGGCCUGGAGGCGGGCGAGGCGGAGGCGCGGCGGCUGCGUGUGGUGUCGCGGGGCCGGCGGGCGAUGGUGGAGGUGAGCGGGGCGAGCGGGGCGCUGGUGGUGAGCUCGCGGCUGGACCGGGAGGAGCUGUGCGGGAAGAGCGCGCCGUGCGCCCUGCGCCUGGAGGUGCUGCUGGACCGGCCGCUGCGCGUCUUCCACGUGGAGGUGGAGGUCACCGACAUCAACGACAAUGCGCCGCGCUUCCCCGCCGCAGCCAAAAACAUCAGCAUCGCAGAAUCAUCGCUGCCCGGGUCGCGCUUCCCUCUGGAGGGCGCGUCGGAUGCGGAUAUCGGUUCGAACGCGCAGCUCUCCUAUACACUGAGCCCCUCCGAGCACUUCGCUCUGGAUAUGAAAUCUAAAGACAAAAACAAAGUUUCCAUUGCCCUGGUGUUAACGCAUCCUCUGGACCGCGAGUCGGUAUCAGAGCACCGCUUGGUGCUGACGGCGACUGACGGUGGCAGGCCGGCGCUGACGGGCACGGUGCAGCUGUUGAUCUCGGUGCUGGAUGCGAACGACAACGCGCCGCAGUUCAACCAGUCGGUGUAUAAAGUGCAGCUGGCGGAAGAUGCCACGCCGGGAACUGUAUUUCUGCAGCUAACGGCAACAGACAAAGACGAGGGAAUUAACGGGGAAAUUUAUUAUGCCUUUAGCGAGUCGAUUCCUGAGAAAGUGAAGGAGUUAUUCGUAAUUGAUAGAAUCUCGGGGGAACUGAGAACAGCGGGACAGCUGGACUUCGAGGACGUUCAGUCGUAUGACCUGGAGAUAGAGGCGAGAGAUAAGGGGACGCUUCCGUUGUCGGGUCACUGCAGCGUGGUGCUGGAGGUGCUGGACGACGACAACGCUCCCGAGGUGUGGGUGACGUCGCUGUCGGUGCCGGUGUCCGAGGACGCGGCGCUGGGGACGGUGGUGGCGCUGCUGAGCGUGUCGGACCGGGACUCGGGUCCGAACGGGCGGGUGCGCUGCUCGGUGCGUCCGGCGUCGCCGUUCGGGCUGGUGUCGACGUUCGCGGGCUCGUACUCGCUGGUGCUGCGGGAGGCGCUGGACCGGGAGCGGGUGUCGGAGUACGAGGUGGAGGUGCGGGCGGAGGACGGCGGGGCGCCGCCGCUGCGCGCCAGGCGCGGGCUGCGGGUGCCGGUGUCGGACGUGAACGACAACGCGCCGGCGUUCUCGCAGGCCGUGUACACGGUGCUGGCGCGGGAGAACAACGCGGCGGGCGCGGAGCUGGCGCGGCUGUGGGGCGCGGACCCGGACGAGGCGGGCAACGGGCGCGUGAGCUACUCGGUGGCGGAGGGCGGCGCGGGGAUGGGCGCGGGCUCGGGCUCGGGCUGGCGUCCGGCGUCGAGCUACGUGUCGGUGGACGCGGAGAGCGGGCGCGUGCGGGCGCUGCGUCCGCUGGACUACGAGGAGCUGCAGGUGCUGCAGUUCGAGGUGCGGGCGGUGGACGCGGGGGAGCCGCCGCUGUGCGGCAACGCCACGGUGCAGCUGUUCGUGGUGGACGAGAACGACAACGCGCCGGCGCUGCUGCCUCCUGCGGGCGGCGGGCCGGGGGCCCUGGGCUGCGGCCGAGGCGGCGGAGCCGGGGUCGCUGCCGUCGGCUCGUCGGGUUCGUCGAGUUCUGUCGGUUCUCCGGGCUCGUGGUCGCUGUGGGCGCGGGCGUCGUGGGGUGCUCCGGCGGGGCAGGUGGUGGCGAAGAUCCGCGCGGUGGACGCGGACUCGGGCUACAACGCGUGGCUGCGCUACGAGCUGCGCGAGCCGCGGGGCGACGGCCCGUUCCGCGUGGGGCUGUACAGCGGCGAGGUGAGCACGGCGCGGGCGCUGGAGGAGGCGGACGGCCCGCGGCAGAGGCUGCUGAUCGUGGUGCGGGACCACGGGGAGCCGCCGCGCUCGGCCACGGCCACGCUGAGCGUGUCGCUGGUGGAGGGCGCCGAGGCGGCGGUGUCGGCGGUGGGGACGGGGGCGGUGUCGGCGGGGGCGGGGCCGCGUCCGGCGGAGGGCGGCCCGGCGGGGGCGGCGGCGGCGGCGGCGGCGACGAACGUGUGGCUGGUGGUGGCCAUCUGCGCGGUGUCGAGCCUGUUGGUGCUGGCGGUGGUGCUGUACGGGGCCGGGCGCUGGGCGCCGCGGGCGGCCGUGCUGUCGGGGCCCGGGCCGGCGACGCUGGUGUGCGCCAGCGAGGUGGGCAGCUGGUCGUACUCGCAGCGCCAGAGCCCGGAGCCUGUGCGUGGCCACGGACGGCGCGGGCAAAGAGCGACCUGAUGGUCUUCAGCCCCAACUGCCCGCCGCCGCCCGGCCCGCGCCGGAGAAC